AUGGCGAUUAAAAGUAUUCACGCUCGUCAAAUCUUCGAUAGUCGAGGAAAUCCAACAGUUGAAGUUGAUUUGAAGACAGAUAAAGGUCUGUUCCGCGCAGCCGUUCCAAGUGGAGCGUCAACUGGUGUUCAUGAGGCUCUUGAAUUGCGUGACACUAGCGACAAAGCUUAUAUGCGCAAAGGGGUUCUAACAGCUGUUAACAAUGUGAAUAAAAUUAUUGCCCCAGCACUUCUGAAAGAAAACAUACCGGUGACUGAUCAAACCUCUAUUGAUCAAUUUAUGCUCAAGCUGGAUGGUACAGAGAACAAGGGAAAGCUUGGAGCUAAUGCUAUUUUGGGCGUAUCUUUAGCCGUAUGCAAAGCGGGUGCAGCAGAGUGUGGCUUACCACUAUACAGGUAUAUUGCAAAACUUGCUGGUCAUAGCGAUGUCAUAAUGCCUGUCCCAGCAUUUAAUGUGAUAAAUGGUGGUAGUCACGCGGGCAAUAAGCUAGCUAUGCAAGAAUUUAUGAUCCUGCCUACUGGUGCUAGCUCUUUCACUGAGGCAAUGAAAAUUGGUACCGAAGUGUAUCACAAUCUGAAGGCUGUUAUCAAACGUGAUUAUGGGUUAGACGCGUGCAACGUCGGUGAUGAAGGUGGUUUUGCUCCGAAUAUCCAAGACAACAUGAAAGGUCUUCAACUGCUUGAAGAAGCUAUUAAGAUUGCAGGGUACGCUGGAAAGGUAGAAAUCGGAAUGGACUGUGCUGCUUCCGAAUACUACAAAGAUGGAAAAUAUGACUUGGAUUUCAAAAACCCUCAAUCUCAACCAAGCAAUUGGCUUAGCCCAGAUGCAAUGGCUGGUGUUUACAAAGAAAUGAUAAACAAAUACCCAAUUGUUAGCAUUGAAGAUCCAUUUGAUCAAGAUGACUGGGAAGCCUGGCCUAAACUGACUGCAUCAACUCAAAUUCAAAUUGUGGGAGAUGACCUGACAGUCACUAAUCCAAAACGAAUUCAGAAAGCUAUUGAAGUUAAGGCGUGCAAUUGUCUUCUUCUAAAAGUCAAUCAAAUAGGCUCAAUCACGGAGUCUAUCGAAGCUUGCAAGUUGGCACAAAAAGCAGGUUGGGGUGUUAUGGUUUCACAUCGUUCAGGUGAAACAGAGGACAACUUCAUUGCGGAUCUGGUUGUUGGUCUCUGCACUGGACAGCAAAUAUGUGUCUGA